GUCGUCUAUAUGACUUACAACAGGCUUGUCCAGCAUCAGUGCAGCGCAUGAGCUCGGGCGGACAUGGCUGAAUCUCACCACGUUGCAUGCAUACAGUUGACCGAAUAGGUAGGGGCAUGAAUACACUCGCGUGUGUGUCUUCGUUCGUUUCUGGAACCCUUAAAUUCCAUAUGGAAGCAGGACCUGCUUCAGUAUCUGAAGAGGUUCCUUCUUCUCUUGGCUGCGACAACACGCAGAUUCGGUGAGUCGAUAUGUUUGCGUAGCAACAGUCGCGGCUACAGUCC